AUGGCAUCUUCAUCGUCUUCUUCUUCAACUCCUUCAUCGUCUUCAAAAGCGGGAGAAUCGUACUUAGGAAGCCUAAUUAGCAUCAUGUCCAAUUACGAAAUUCGCUACGAAGGCGUUCUUUAUCACAUCAAUACUCAAGAAUCCGCCAUUGGCCUAAAAAACGCGCAUGUGAUGUCUAUUCAACAUCUCACUCGCACUGUCCAAUUUCGGGAUUUGCAAGUUCAAUCCCCACCACCUGCCCAAACAGAGGAACAGAUUCACAAUGAUCCUGCUAUCAUCCAGAACCAUUCUCGUUUAAGUUCUUCAACUGCAGUUGGUAUUCAGGCGCAAAAUACACCUGCUUUGGUGACCAGAACCUAUUCUGGCUCAUUGCCCUCGCUUCAGCCUGUAAACCAUGUUGGCUCAACAAAUCUUUCCCAAACUACUCAAAAUGCUGUUGCAUCUCUUUCCAUGCCAGUGUAUUCACAAGGAUACAAUGGAACAUCUUCCCAUCAGUCGAUGGUUUCAUCUCCCUUAAUAGUUCAGAAUCAUAUGCAGGCUUCUGGAUUGCAUGAACCUCCAAUUAUGGGAUUUAAAAGUCCUUCAGAAUGUGGUACUCUCGAAUCAGCAGUUGCAGCUAAUCCAUUAAAUCCUAUUUUUUCAUCUUCUCUUCCAACGGUACAAUAUGCAAUUUCUCCUGACAUACCAUGUUUCUUAUCUCUGAAGACACCUGUUCCGUCUCAUACUGCAUCUCUUCCUGCUAAUAGAUUAACCAUGUCUUCGAUUCCCGUGUCUAGUCAAGACAAAAACACAACUGAAACUCUAGCUUUUGCAGACCCCAUGUCAAUGCGUCCUACCCAAUCUACGCCUUACCUCACGCCAUCCUAUGUUGGUUCUACUUCUAGCUCUGUGUUAGCACCACUUCCAUCUCUUUUAAGUCCUCAUCAUUUAUUACAAUCUAGACCACCAGUGCUUUCUUCCACACAGAAGCUGUACCCUGGCCAGAAGGAUGUAGCACAGAAGCUGUACCCUGACCAGAAGGAUGUAGCUGUUCUGACUCCUUUAUCCUCUACAUCACCACCCUUGCUUUCUACUCCAGCAUCUCAGCCACCAUUAUUACCAUUGCCAGGUUCUGUACAGCAGCAUAAAUACUUGACCUCGCAAUUUACUGAAGAAUUCAAUUUUGAAGCCAUGAAUGAGAAGUUUAAAAAAGAUGAGGUUUGGGGUUAUCUUGGAAAGGCAAAGCAAAGAGAGAAAACUGAGGGCAUGGAGGAUUAUACAACUGAUGAAACCAUGGUGGACAAAGAGGCUCCUGUUGUGGUGCCUGAUCCUGAUCCUAAGCCUGCCUAUAAGAAGGAUGAAUUCUUUGAUACAAUUUCUUGCAACAUACGCACUCAGGGGAGGAGUGGGCAGAACCGUUUCUCUGAGCGAAUGAAGCUGGAUACUGAGACUUUUGGCAACUUGCAUCCCAGACCCAAUUUGGGUUAUGGAGGCAUUGGUUCUGGACGUGGUGAUAACUACCAUACCUCACGUGGUCGGGGAAGGGGAUAUGGUUAUCGUGGGAGGGGGCGUGGCGUAACGAUUGCCGAGCCAAGUGUGGCGGCUGUGGUAACCAGGACUAGAACCCCGGAGCCAAUAUACACUCCAUCUUUGACUACUAAAGAUACACAAAAGGUGAACAAGCAAAUCAAGUACCUUGUUUUUCCUGGACUCAGCAAUAAUACAAGAAACAAAAGAGACGAGGGCGAGGGAGAUGAUGGUGGAGAAAAUCAGCAAGAACCCAUAUUGGUGUUUAGCCAUGGUGGAGAAGUAGCGUAUCUUGUUUGGGUUGGUAUAGUAAAAGAAUAA